UUCACUCGUGUGCUGGAGGUAGCGUCGAGCGGUACACGGAGCGUGGUGUUGUGCUAGUGCCAGUGCUAGAUCGCGUCAAGCAUAAACACACACACAUUGCCUGUUUGUAAUCUAAUCGCAUUGAUAACACAACAAUCGGUGUGCAUUAUAUCGGCAUAAAUAAACGCAAACGCACUCGUAGUCAUCGUCGUUAACGCCGCGACGCAAUUACAACAAUGAGAUUCCAUUCGCGGAAAACUAAUCAACAACAAGAACAAGAAGUGUCGUGCAUGAUUAGCGUGUCGAUAGUUUGAAUCUCGUGUGUUGAGUGUUGUUGUUGUGUGGAAGAGUGAAGAAAGCAGUUGUGGUGUUUGUUUUCUGUGGGUGAUAUCACACCGUGCGGAAUUGUGCAGUUUGUUUAUGUAGAACACUCGCAUAGAUAGCUGCGUAAAAGUUUUGACCUAUAAUAUUUUCAACAGCGGACUUGUAAUCGUAUAAAAGUGUACCUACUUUUACGGUACUUUUGUUUGUGUGUGCGCUUGCCUGCGUGCUACGGCUAGUUGUUGCUGUUGUUCAUCUUUGAGUGGAUGUGUUGAGAAAUAUGUGGUAGCGAAUUCGCAUAGCAAAAAGUAAAUGAAACUGUAAAUCUGCAAACGUGCAAAGGAAGUGUUUUCGCUUCGACCUCGCCGAGCAACAACAAAAAAAUCAAGUUGGGAGGAAGAUUAAGAAACGGUGCGAGAUACAAGUAGGACAUCAUUGAAAAAGUCGGCCUUCCCUCCGGUGUCACCAUGAGGGAGAAGAAAAGUGGCGCUUUGUCCUCCAAGAUGCAGAAACUCAGGAAAAGACUGUCGCAUUCCUUCGGACGAUUAUCCGUCUCGAAGGAAGAGCAGGAUGAGCGAAAGCUACACUACAACGGCUACAGUGACGAAUUCCUAGAUAGGUUAGAACCCAACGGAAAUAUUCCAGCAGAAUGGAACAACAUGUCGGGUCACGACAGGGUAAAGCGACAGCUCUCCGUCUCGUCGGACAGCAAGCUGUUGGAUGACGACAUCAGGGAGGAGACGCGCGUGAUCCUCAGACCGAAAAAGCCCCCGAGACCCAAGUCGGAGGUGCUUCUCAAUCAGGGGUCGGACCAUCGCCGGAUGAAGCGCUUCUCUGCUUUCGGGGGCGAUUCGCCGUUUGGAAAGUCCGAGGCUUACAUUAAAUUAGAACAAUUAGGCGAGGGAUCGUACGCAACUGUUUAUAAGGGUUUUAGCAAUUUAAAAAAUCAAGUAGUAGCAUUGAAAGAAAUUCGGCUGCAAGAGGAGGAGGGUGCUCCCUUCACGGCCAUUCGGGAGGCUUCCCUUCUCAAAGAACUGAAACACGCCAACAUUGUCACUUUACAUGACAUUGUACAUACGCGAGAAACGCUUACGUUUGUGUUUGAAUUUGUUCAUACAGACUUAUCACAGUACCUGGAGCGACAUAGCGGAGGCCUGGAUCCACGCAAUGUCAGACUGUUUCUUUUUCAAUUACUGCGGGGACUAUCAUACUGCCAUGCGCGCCGCGUCCUGCAUCGCGACGUUAAGCCGCAGAAUCUGCUGAUCAGCGAGAUCGGCGAACUGAAGCUAGCCGACUUCGGUCUUGCCCGAGCCAAGUCCGUGCCCAGCCACACCUACUCCAACGAGGUGGUGACGCUUUGGUACCGGCCACCAGACGUAUUGCUGGGCAGUACAGAGUACUCGACGUCGCUGGACAUGUGGGGCGUCGGUUGUAUCUUCGUUGAGAUGAUCACCGGCAUGGCCAUUUUCCCCGGUAACCGCGACACGUACGACCAGCUUGACAAGAUAUUUAAGGUGCUUGGUACGCCGACAGAGGAAACAUGGGACGGUGUGACGCGAUUGCCCGGCUACAAGCCACAUAAACUAGUGCUAUAUAGACCUAAGAACUUGGGCAUUUAUUGGCCGCGACUGUUCGACAUCGCGCAGGGCGAAGCGAUGGCCUCCUCUCUUUUGCAGUUGAACCCUGAGAAUCGGAUAGGUGCUGACGAUGCCAUGCAGCAUCAGUAUUUCGCCGGAUUACCUAAGAAACUACACGAACUCCCGGACGAUGUGUCAAUAUUCAGUGUUGAAGGUGUGCACUUACAUACCGAAAUGUCGUUUUUCAAACCGCGACCGAAGUAAAGCGAGUUGCGACGCAAACUCAGGAACAAUACCUAUAUUAAAUAAACUCUAAACAACUAUUGUAAGCAAUGAUUUCACGAAAUUUCACACCGACGAAAAUGCUACAAGAUACCAACCGAACACACUUAAAACACAAUGACCUGGCUUGACUGUGCUACACUUGCUCUUCAUCUCUUGCGGAGUCGCCACCCACGACACUAUUUUUACAACAACAUAAGUUUAACGAAUCAAGGAUGCGAUAGGUCUGCGAUAGAAGACAUUACCUGGAGCUGACGCUGUCAGCCAGAACGUGCUUCACCAAUGUACAGCUACUAUCUAAAUAAAUGAAGAAUUAUGUGAAUCGCUGCGUACAUAUCGCGUACGCAAUCAAUGCCGGAUUAUAUUUUAUUAUGUUUUUAAGUCUUAUAAUUAUUUUUUUAUAAUUAUUGUCUUAUUCGUUUAGUGAUUAUAAUUUUUAUGAUAAUGGAGCGUUCUCUUUUUUUAAGGGCUAAUUUUACAAUGGAGUUUUGUACCAAUUGUACAUAUUCAUCUUUCAUAUUACGUACAUAUAGUCACCAGUUAACAUUACGUGAAUGAGCGCAUCGAAGAAAAUUCUUCAUCUUCAUGAGCCGGAAGUUUUGAUUUAUGUUUAUAGUUUUUGCGUGAACUGGCAAACAAUGGAUGAUGCAAAAAAGGGCUAAAGUGCAAACGAUCAGCUGACAAACAUAAAAAUUGGCUAACAAAUAAUGAAAUUGCAUUGAUAAACAAACCUAAAAUGAAAUUUUGAAAAUAGAUCCAUUCCUUCCAUGGUGCUCAAUUAUAAAAUAUACUAUUAUAAUGAAAAUAUGAAGAAAAUAUUAAAACGAAGAGUUGUUGCAAGGAGACGAAUGUCGAUACUAUUAAUUACGAUGAUGAUAUACUGAUAAUGAAAUAUGCAUUACUUGUAACAUGAUUAUUAUUUAUAUGAUUGAUGUUAACCACUAAAUGAAGCAAAUGAAAGACUGCAUUAUGAUGGCACGCAAAAAAGUCGGUAAAUGUCGAUAGAGGAUCACUGUGCACUGCAAUAGAAAUCAGUAUGCUGCCAUGUGUGUGAUUCUAGUAUCUUCUGAAUUGAUUCGUAGUUGAACUCAGUGUUAACGAGAGAUUUGUGUGGCGCCUGAUUGCAGUCUUCAAUUGUAGUUCAACUGUAAAUUUGUCAUAUAAAAGACUAGUAAAACGAAACAUGUAUCUGGUCACAGAUUGUAGUUCUUAAUUAAAAACUAUGGGCUGUAAAUGCUGUAAAUUUAUAUGUUUGCAGUCAUUCGGUGGACUGAAGCUGGCAUUGUGCUGCCAACAAGCAAACUUCUGCUAAGUUUACUUUGAUUUUAUGAUAAUAUGCCGGAAAAUUUCAUGUGAUUUCAUGUGCUCUUAAUUUUUAAUUAAAAUGUUAGAAUUGUUUACAAGGAAUUCAUAACAUUGGUAUGAUUCAUUUGGUUCAUUUUUAUUAUGUACUUGUAAAACUCAUCUACACUAUAAACCAUUAUCUUUAAGUUACUUUCUCUCUUUAUUUUAUAAUUAUUUGCCUUAUAUUUUUUCACGAUCUUAUAGUUAUGAAGUUCGCCAAUGAAUUGUGUAAAAUAUAGUUCGUAAAAUUAG